AUGGCGAUGAUACUUCAGGGCCUCCAGCGCCUGACGGCUGUUAAAUUGGAGAAGUGGCAGAUCGGCGUGAUCUGCAGCACGCCAUUCGUGAUCGGGCUCAUGGCGAUCGGAGCUAGGAAAAUAAUCGCCGGGAAGUCUACGCCGGCCCAGAAGCUAGCUCUGUCCAAGGAGGCCAUGAUGCACGCGGCGGCGGGCAAGAAUUGCCUUCGCAACGAGAAGUACAAGGAUGCUGUGCUGUGCUACGGAAAGGCGCUCGACUUGUGCCCGAAGGACCAGCCCAAAGACAUGGUAAUGCUGCUGCAUAGUCGAGCGGAGGCAUAUGAGAUGCUGCACAAGUGGGACAAGGUUCUGGAGGACUGUACCGAGUUGUUGGCGUACUGUCCUCAUUACUCCAAGGCCUACGCGCGUCGGGCCCACGCUCACGAGGCUCUGAACAACAUCAAGGACAGCUUAGACGACAUUACGGCUUGCUGCAUCCUGGAGCUGUUCCAGAACAAUCACAGCAUUGUGUUUGCCGAUCGCAUACUCCAGCUGACGGGACGUGCAGACGCCGUCGAGGAACUGGCUAGCCGGGCACCGCUUGUGCCUUCGUUGUUCUGCUUCAACUCCUACAUGCUCCCGUUCUUUGCCGAUCCACUGCAGACUACCAACUUGCCGGCGCGCUCCUUGGUGAAGACGCCCAACGCCUUCAUGCGCGCACACAGGGCGUUGCGCGCCCGGCACUUCAAAGAAAUUAUCCCAGCCUGCACGGAGGAAAUCGAGUCCCCCGAUUCCGGCUACCGGUUCGACGCCCUGCUGAUGCGCGGCACGUUCUAUCUGCUUUCCAACGCGUUCAAGGAGAGCAAGCACGACUUUGGGGCCAUCGUCAACAACCCCAACGCCGAUACCACCCUCUCCGCGUAUGCCUAUAUGCGUCGUGCCACUGUCAACUACUACAUGAAUGACAAGGCGGCUGCCGUAGCCGACUUCGAUGCGGCGGAGAAGAUGCAACCCUCAAACCCUGAUGUGUACUUUCAGCGUGCUCUCACUCUACUGCCCCUGGAUCCGGCUGAGGCGCUCACGCAAUUCAAGAAGUCGGUGACCAAGGCACCUAGGCACGCUGUGGCUGUUAUCAACAUGCACUAUGCCGACUACCGUGCCUCCAUCAUCUCGGGUGCCCUCAGCGAGAAACGCAUGGAGGGCGUGAUGCGCAACUUUGAGGAGACCAUCAUGGAGUUUCCCAAAUGCGUCGAAUGCUACAACUUGAUGGCCCAAAUGCUGGUCGACCGUCAGGACUUUCCCAAGGCCCAGGAAUACUUCGAAAAGGCUCUGGAAUUGGAGCCCUCCAAUUCGUCCGUGCUUGUGCAGCAUGCACUCAUGGUCAUGCAGUGGCGUGGGGACAAGGAGAUGGCUUCAAAGAUGCUCAACAAGGCAAUCGCGGAUGAUCCCCACUGCCAGCUGGCGUAUGAGACUCUAGGCACCAUCGAGGUGCAGCGGGCGCACCUAAAGGAAGCUGUUGAGCUGUUCGACCAGGCCAUAAGUUGCUGCAAGAGCUAUGAUGACCUAACUCAUGCCUUUGCCCUACGCAAUGCCUCCCAGGCUCAGAUCAAUGUCACCGAAAAACUGGGCAUCGACAUCAAGAGCAUGAACGAACAGGUCCAACAGCACCUCUCGAGCCUCGACUAG